AAAAUAACGUUUCUAUUCACAAAAUGUGAAUUAACUUUCUAAUAAAAGUGUCAAGUUUUAAAAGAAGUCAUGGAUUUGUGGAAUGCAAAAUAUUUGAAGCCCCCACCCAUCAUUAAUUGCAAAAUCAGCACCAAAGAAAUAGAUAUUCGCCUUUUAAAAAUUACGCUAACCGACGCUGUGGCCUUUUUCGACAACCAGCAGCACCUCUGCACCGAGGCAGCGCUCCUCUCACGCACCGUCUACCGCCUCAAAAUGAAAUUUCGUUCCUCUAAAGACUUCAAAGCCGUCGAAAAACUAAGUCGUGUCUUGCGCACCUAUCUCCAAAUGCAAUUCUCCACGACGCUCAAAUACGUCCUCGACUUGAUCCCCCCAAAUUACAAAGUGUUAAAAACAUUUUUUCUGACUAAAAACAUGAUUGAUUUCCUCCUAGUUCGCCUCCAGGGUUUGGGUAAAACGUUGUGUCGCGUUUUGGACACUUGUAAGGUGAUUUCCGAGCUGACCUUGCAGCGGUUUCGUUUGGGUCAUUUUUGGAAAAUAGCGGCGAUUGUUUAUGCAAUUACGGCGCGCAUUUUUGUGAUUACUAGGGGUAUUUUUAAGUUUGUGUGUGAGUUGUAUGGGAAUUUGUUGCCGUUUUCGGGCAUGUUGGCCAAUGCAGGGGGGCAGUGGUUGCCCGAUGGGUACGUUUUCCCUCCCAAAUUGAAGGAUUGGUUGGGGGUUGAUUGGCUGAAUUUGGAGGAUAAUGUGAUUGAGAUACCAGACGAUGAGCCGAGUGUCGCAUUUUUCAAGUUAUUGGAUGAUUCCGAUGAUGAGGUCGAGUUUUGUGAUGAGUAUAUUGUGGUGAACGACGAACCUUCAGUUCAGGAAGUCAAAGAUUCGGAUGUUGAAUUGUGUGAAGAUAAUGUUAGCAAGGAAGAAGAAUCGGAUAAUGAGGUUGAUGUCGGGGAAUUGGUCAUAGUUUGUGAUAAUAAAGAUAAGGCACAGAUUCAUGACGAUGUUGAUGUUGGGGAUCUUGUCAUAGUGUGCGACAAUUCGAAAAAUGGGACGAAAGGUCGGAAGAGACCUUUGGAAAAGCGCGAAAAUUCAAGUGUCAUUGUUUUAAAUGAUAGUGUAUCAGAACCGAAACGGAAGAAGAGGAAGCGCAAGCGCAAGAAUCAAAUAAAUAACUAAUCUUGUUACCACAUUUGUAUUUUUUGUUACGAAUAAAGAGUAUUUUUGAAAA